AUGUCGUCAGAUGAAGAAAGCGUUGAGGACGAAGGAGAAAGAAGGUCCUAUUUAGGAGAAUAUGAAGGUGAUCGAAAUGAAGAAGAAGAAAGACAUGGAAAAGGAAAAGCUAAGCUGCCUAAUGGCGAUGUAUAUGAAGGAGAAUAUUCACAUGGCAAGAGACAUGGUCAGGGAACAUACAAAUUUCAAAACGGAGCAAGAUAUACUGGAAGUUACAUGAACGGUAUAAAACACGGCGAAGGAACAUUCCUGUAUCCUGAUGGCUCCAAAUAUGAAGGGUACUGGCUUAACGAUGUCCGUCAUGGCCGCGGGAAAUACACCUACCCGAACGGGGACAUUUACGAGCGGGAGUGGGCCGACAACCAGCGUCAUGGUCAAGGGGAGUACACGUACGUGGAGACCGGGUCUAAAUACCGGGGGAUGUGGGUCCAUGGGAAAAUGGACGAAGUUGGGGAACUGAUUCAUGCUAACCAUCGGUGUUCCGGGGGAUUUUUGCAAGAUAAACCCAGCGGAAAAGGUAAAUAUGUGUUUGAUCACGGCUGCGAGAUGCGAGGGAGAUAUGAACUGGUUGAAGUUGUUCUUGAGCCUGACAACGAGGAAGAGGAAGCCAUCACUGUUGUUGAACCAAAGUGGAAAAUAGAGGAACUUGUACCACUGGACUGAAAAUUAAGCGCAGGUUUUGGUUGAUCUAAGGCAAAAUGCAAGAAAGCGUUUUAACACUUCAUAUAGGCAAAUUUUGCUCACAAAGUAAUCAACCAAAAUCGAUAGCCCUCCAAGAACUCCAAUGACUUUGACUUCAUUCAAUGUAUAUGAUAAUUUUGCAAAUAUAUCGGCCUCGUAGACACUUAAUAGGUUUUUAAGCUUCCUCGUGAUGUAAAUCGAAAGUCUUCCAUACAAGAACGAAUAGAACCCAUUUGAAAGGCAAAAAAUCCCUUGAGUGCCGUUUAGUGAUCUCAAAAGAGACAACAAAAGAACUGAAUAAAAAGGGUUUAUCUUCUUGAGGUUGGUUAGAAUAGAAAAUAGAGUUCUAAAAGAACCUCUUCUUUCCUGGAUUCCAUGUACAUCAUACGUCGCAAUAGCGAAAUUAAUAAACGCGUUAGCUUGUAUGCUGGAGGAACAACACCCCUGUGUAGGUUCUAGUCCUACCUGCGGCGUGCACAAAUUUUCCUUUCCUUCCCUCCCCCACUCAGUUUGCUUCGUUGUUUUUGUUUAAAACCAAUUAACUCGCGCAAUUCGUUUUCCUUUUUACUUUUAUUCAUGAUCAUUUUACGCUUUAGUACGAUUUCCUUUUUAAAGAAGGGGGGGGGGGGGGUCAGUCUUCCCCAAGAGAGUAUUAAGGUAGUGGGGGAUAUUGAAAAUUGACUACCCCACCUUCCCACGGGCGUUAAAAAAUGACGGUUCUU